UUUUUUUAUGCGAGAGACCAACGAGCCGUGGAGAACCAAAUGAGAGAGAGAGAAAGAAGAAGGGAAGAGACUCGUCAUUGUUCUUCUUCUGUCGGAGCUGAAUCCAGGCCGUGGUGGUGAAUCCGAACGUAGGGGAGGCGGAAUCAAGGACCUGCUCGCCGCCACUCGUCCCUCUCGUCGGCGUUCUCGGGUCUCUCUUUUGGAAGAACCAAGAAAGAGAAGAAGAGUCGAUGGCUACAAGGCAUCAGGCUGUGGUUUCCCAGCAGCAGAAAGGUGGGGUUGCUCCUGCGGGCAAGCAGAAAGCUGCUGCUGGAGCAGCUGGGAAGAACCGACGAGCCCUCGGAGAUAUUGGUAAUGUGGUCAAUGUCCAAGUUGUUGAAGGGAAGCCGCUUCCCCCGAUCAAUCGGCCCAUUACUAGAAGUUUUGGUGCUCAACUCCUUGCAAAUGCGCAAGCCGCCGCCGCCGCCGCCAAUAAGAAACCUGUAGCUAUUCCUGCUCAUGGAGCAGCAGUGGCUACAGGAGCUGCAAAAGCAGCUAAGAAGGUUACUGUUAAGCCGAAGCCUGAGAAGCCUGAGAAAGUCAUUGAGAUCAGCCCUGACACCGAGGAGAAAACAAAGGAAAAACCUGAGAGUAGUAGUUCCCGCAGCAGGCCUUCAAAAAAGAAGGUCCAUACACUUACUAAAGUACUUACAGCUCGAAGCAAGGCAGCCUGUGGAGUCGCUGCCAACAAAACUAAAGAGUUGGUUCUUGAUAUUGAUGCAUCGGAUGCCAAUGAUCAGUUGGCUGUUGUGGAUUACGUUGAAGAUAUCUAUAAGUUCUAUAAACUUGCUGAGAACUCUUCCCGGCCGCAUGACUACAUGGACUCGCAGGUGGAGAUCAAUGCAAAGAUGAGAGCAAUUCUGGUUGACUGGCUGAUAGAAGUGCAUCACAAGUUCGAGCUACAGCCCGAGACUCUAUACCUCACUAUGUACGUUAUUGAUCGGUACCUUUCAGAGGAAAUAGUCCUGAGGAGAGAACUGCAGCUUGUGGGAGUCUCUGCCAUGCUAAUUGCGUGCAAGUAUGAGGAGAUAUGGGCUCCCGAGGUUAAUGAUUUCAUUUGCAUAUCGGAUAGGGCCUAUACCAGAGAACAAAUACUGGUCAUGGAGAAAGGAAUUCUGAACAAGCUGGGAUGGAGCCUAACUGUUCCCACGCCUUACGUAUUUCUUGUGAGAUUUUUGAAGGCCGCGUUAAGCGACAAAGAGAUGGAGCACAUGGUUUUCUUCUUCUCUGAGUUGGCACUGAUGCAGUACUCUAUGAUCAUGUUCUGCCCAUCAAUGGUUGCUGCUUCUGCUGUUUAUGCAGCUCGAUGCACUCUUAACAAGAGCCCACUCUGGACCGAAACACUAAGGCGGCACACUGGGUUCUCCGAGCCACAGCUAUUAGACUGCACUCAAAUGCUAGUGAACUCUCAUUCAGCGGCACCAGAGAGUAAGCUGAAGAUUGUGUACAAGAAGUAUUCAGGUGCGCAAUUUGGAGCAGUGGCUUUGCAACCUCCGGCAACGAAAUUGUUAGAAGAGUUGAAUGCUUUGAGGAAGUGAUCUGGGAGAACUGCUUUGAGUUGCAAGAGUUGUGUGGCAUUUCAACUGGUAAUUAAUAUGUGUUCUUUUGUUUCCAGAGAGGGAUGGGUACAUCUGAAACUAAAUCAUCCUAGUGAUAAUAGAGAGGGAUUUGUUUUUCUGUUUAUGAUCAAUACUCUUCACUCGGGAGUAGUACUUUGAAGGAAGCAAACAUCAGAUUGUCUGGCAAUAUAGUGAUUUGCUACAUUUGAUUAUAUGCAUUCUUUAAAAUGAGUAUAUACUUUGAUUUGAGGGAUUCUUUA